AUGUCCGAGAGAGACAGUGGUGAAAAUCUGGAAGAAGAUACCUGUUACAAAGAUGAAAAUGAACAGAAAGCAGAGGAACUCAGCUGCGCUGAGAGCAGUGAAGAAAGAGAGCAAGAGCUUGAGCCUGUGCCUAUGACUCGGAAAAGACCUGAACCCAAACCCCCCAGCCAGCCUGCUGCCACAGAAAAGCCCGCAGCUGAAACCCUCAAGGUCUCAGAUUCUCCUGCUGCAGUUCAGACAGGAUGGGGGUACUGGGGAAGCUGGGGGAAAUCUCUUCUGUCAACUGCGUCUGCUACCGUAGCUACUGUAGGUCAAGGUAUUUCAAAUGUCAUAGAAAAAGCAGAAACAACCCUUGGGAUCCCCAGUCCUAGUGAAAUGUCUUCAGGGACUAGAGAGACUACAAGAGGAAGUGAGAAUCCUGGUGCUAGCAGCACAGAUGCAGUUGAUGAUGGCAGUUCCUUUCCUAUUGCUGGGGCUCUUGGAGUUUUAUCAACCAUCUCUACAGCUGUCCAAAGCACAGUGAGUGAUGUUAUUAGUGGAGGUCUGGAUGCCUUGGAAUUCAUCGGGAAAAAGACAAUGGAUGUAAUAGCUGAGGGAGAUCCUGGAUUCAAAAAAACAAAGGGCCUAAUGAACAGAAACUCUACGUUAUCUCAGGUCUUACGAGAGGCAAAAGAGAAAGAAGAGCAGCAGACAGCUACGGAGGUUACCAUGGCUACAGAGAAGAAAGCCCAUUAUGGGUUACUGUUUGAUGAGUUUCAGGGUCUUUCGCAUCUGGAAGCCUUAGAGAUCCUUUCCAGAGAGAGUGAAUCAAAGGUGAAAUCAGUUCUAAAUGCCCUCUCUGGAGAAGAGUUGGACACACUGAAGGAGGAAAUGGAGCAACUCAAAGAAGCUUUUUCUUUACCUGAAUUCUUUGAAGAAGAGGAGGAAGAAAAGAAGGGAGAUGAAGAGUUCACAAAAGAAGUGACAGACUUGUUUUCAGAAUUGCGUAUCUCCUCAAAGCCAGACAAACUGAUCACAGUGAGGACAUCUGCUCAUGAAUGGAUAGCACGAUUCAACAGUAGUCUUCCUGAAGAAGAAGAAGAGAGUGAAGAAGACCAAGAAGUAGAAUCUGGAGAUGGUGACCAUGAUGAUAAAAAAUCAGUAGAGGAUAUUCAUGCAUUUGCCAUAAGAAGUCUGGCUGAACUGACAGCAUGCUCCAUUGAAAUGUUUCACAAAACUGCAGCUUUGUUUCUACAUGGUCAGAAACAAGAGGUGACAGCCACAGACAGAGCCAAGUCCCUUUCACAAAUGACAAUUGUGCUGUGUAAAGAACUGUCAACCUUCUCUAAAGAGUUUACUACAUGCUUAACAACUGCAGGGGCCAAAGAGAAAGCAGAUGUGCUGAAUCCCUUAAUCACUGGAGUGUUUUUGGAGGCUUCAAACAGUGCUUCAUAUAUCCAAGAUGCCUUCCAGCUCUUGCUGCCUGUACUGCAGAUCUCUCUUAUUGAGGCUAGAACGGAACUAUCGCAGCAAUAAAAGUCCUUCUAAUUAAGAACUGUUUGACCUUCCCACUUCAUAGUUUCCGUGCUGGAGAAUGAUGUAAUGGCUCUUAUUAAAGGGAAAAAGAUUAACUCUGAUCGCUGCUGCAAGAACGGUGAUUAAAUGCAGUCUGGCAAUGACAGCUCUUACAGCGCAUUGAGAGAUGUGAUUAGCAUAGUCCAGGCUGGUGGACAACGUGACAGACUUAAAGCGCAGGUUGCUUCUCUGUUUUCAUGGACUGUCUGUAUCUUUUCACUGAAAUCCCUCUGCUGUAUGUGUUAACAAGCUCUUUGGAGAAGCUCUCUGGACUGUGAAGACAAUGCUG